GAGACUGGGGUUGUCUGUGGAUAGGUGUAACGUUUGCUCGCUCGGUGCCGUCGUUACAUGUGUGAGGAAGAGGGAAGGGGGGAGGCUGAUAACUGGGCGAAUUCGGCACCCGAAAGCGCUGCGCUCCGAUGGGGUCGACGGGGAUGAAAUGAUGAUGAUGAUGAUGUCUAGCGUUUACUCUCGACGAUGACAACGCUCUCCUUUACUUGAAGUUCGAACCCAUUGGGUAGAAGACUCUCCUCCAUGCCCACCCUUCCUUUUACCCAAUCCAGUCCCUUGACCCAGCGACUUUCCCCUCCUACUUUCUCCUGCCACUUUUGUCCCACCUGAGACCACGUCCUGCUGCUCCACCCAAACGCACCCAAGCCAAGGAUUUUGAACAGCACAUUCUAAGAGCCAAUCAGGAGCCUUGAAGCCAUUCAGGAAUUAGCAACACAACUCAUGAAUCUACCUGAGCACUGAGGAAAAAAAAAUAUAAAGGAAAAGCCGUGGAUAAUAAACUCAUUGUCAAGAAGACAACUCAGAUAAACUGGCAGUACGUGUCCACCCUUGAAGAAGAGCACAGCAAUUAGGAGAUUCCAACAAGAAAGCUUGAAUUGAGGGUGAACUCAAACAGACAAGAUAAAGAGGAAAAGAAAGAGAGAACAACUGCACGCAUAAUAUAACAUAUCUGCAAUACUCACAUUCCCACACACGUUACAGACUGUUAAGGCACACGUUCUUACCACAGACCACGCGCUACACCAUCCUAAACACCCGCGUAUGAAUGACAAAUUGUUUAUCUGUUUGCCGUAGGCUCUCAGGCACGCAAACACCGUCAGAUUCGCGGUCCCACACUGUGAUUCUCGCAAAUUCCUCUUGUAGGGCCAAGACAUACACACUUCCGCCCUUAAACUCUCACACCUGUUCACGGCCUCAAGAUGAUGUGUGAGGUGAUGCCCACCAUCUCGGAGGACGGGCGGGGUGGUGGCGGAGGAGGCCCGUCCUCUCCUGCUGGAGGUGGUGGGGGUAUGGGGGGCGGUGCAGGGGGCAUGGGUGGUGGCUAUGGGGGCCGGGAGGCCCGCGGUGGAGACGAGGGGGGGAGCACUGGAAAUCUGGAGUCUCUGAUGGUGAACAUGCUGACGGAGAGAGAGCGGCUGCUAGAGAGUCUCAGAGAGACCCAGGAGAGUCUCGGCACGGCACAGCUACGUCUGCGAGAGCUGGGUCAUGAGAAGGACUCGCUACAGAGACAACUCUCCAUCGCACUGCCACAGGAGUUUGCGGUGUUGACCAAAGAGCUGAAUGUAUGUCGGGAGCAGCUGCUGGAGAGAGAAGAGGAGAUUGCUGAGCUCAAGGCGGAGAGGAACAAUACACGGCUCCUGCUGGAGCAUCUGGAGUGUCUGGUGUCUCGUCACGAGCGUUCUCUGAGGAUGACAGUGGUGAAGAGGCAGGCUCAGUCUCCGGCUGGAGUCUCCAGCGAGGUGGAGGUGCUCAAGGCCCUCAAAUCCCUGUUUGAACACCAUAAAGCUCUGGACGAAAAGGUGCGCGAGAGAUUGCGUGUGGCUUUAGAGAGAGUUGCCGUUCUAGAGGAAGAGCUGGAAGCGUCCACAAAUGAGGUUCUGUCUUUACGGGAUCAGAUUAAAAGGAGAGAGCGGGGUUUGGACAAUGGAAAGGAGCGGCUUCCGAACGGCCCCUCCUCCAUCUUGGAUGAUGGCGAGAUUGACAGACAGAGAGAGGGAGAGAUAGAAAGACAGAGAGCAGAGCUUUCACAGUUAAAAGAAAGACUGGCGCUCAUGUGCAGACAGGUUGGAGAGAUCGAGGAGCAGCUCACUACCGCCAGAAGGGAACUAGCGAAAUCUGAGGAAGCCAAUCAGAAGCUUCAGAGGGAUGUGAAAGAGGCACUGUGUCAAAGAGAGGACAUGGAGGAAAGAAUUACCACCUUAGAGCGCAGGUACCUCAGUGCCCAGAGGGAGGCAACCUCUCUCCAUGACAUCAAAGACAAACUGGAGAACGAGCUUGCCAGCAAAGAGUCUUUAUACAGACAGAGUGAAGAGAAGAACAGGCAGCUCCAGGAGCGUCUAGACGAUGCUAAACAGAAGCUGCAGCAAACCCUCCAGAGGGCCGAGACGCUGCCCGAGAUCGAGGCUCAGCUCGCCCAAAGGGUGGCGGCACUCAAUAAGGCGGAGGAGCGCCAUGGCAACUUUGAGGAGCGACUGAGGCAGUUGGAGGCACAACUUGAAGAGAAAAAUCAGGAGCUACAGAGGGCGAGGCAGAGGGAGCGGAUGAAUGACGAACACAACAAGCGUCUCUCUGACACAGUGGAUAAGCUUCUGUCGGAGUCCAAUGAGAGACUGCAGCUGCACCUGAAGGAGAGAAUGGCUGCCCUGGAGGAGAAGAAUGCUCUCUCUGAAGAACUCGCUAACAUGAAGAAGAUCCAAGAUGAUCUCCUAGCAAACAAGGAUCAAUUGAUUGCAGAGCUGGAGAGGCUUCAACUAGAGCUGGACCAGCUGAGAGGAAGACCUGGUUCCUCUUACUCACGGUCUCUGCCGGGAAGUGCUUUGGAGCUGAGGUACUCCCAAGGAGGUGGGUCACUUCCUGCAGGCUCCACCACCCACCUAGAUCAUUAUGGAAACACAGGCACAGGAGGCGUGGUCAGACGGGCUCAUCGUGGACGCUGGGGCGGGGCAAGGGAGGAUGCUAGCAAAUACGGCGAUUGGGACAGCGGAGCUUUGCUGGGCACUGGGUUCGAGGGCGGCGUGGAGGACAGGUGUUCUGAUGAUGAAGAGGAUCGCGAGACACUCUUCGGCUCGGAGCUGCUCUCACCAAGCGGCCAGACAGAUGUGCAGACUCUCGCUAUCAUGUUGCAGGAGCAGCUGGAGGCCAUCAACAAAGAGAUUAAGUUGAUUCAGGAAGAGAAGGAGAGCACAGAGCUUCGUGCUGAAGAAAUCGAGAGCAGAGUCAGCAGCGUGGCUCUGGACGGCCCUCCCGUCCCUCCGACCUCUCUGGGGCGGGACAGCACAGGCCGUGGCUUCAUCCCCCCAUCCCUCACAUCCUCCACCCUGGCAUCGCCUUCUCCACCCAGCUCUGGGCACUCCACUCCCCGUCUGCCCCACUCCCCAGCACGUGAGACAGACAGACAGAACAACAAAGAUGAUGACAGGUCCCUGGCCCUUUUGGAUUCCACCCCUCCUCCCACUCCUCGUGCACUGCGAUUGGACAGGAUGACGCACACUCACCCUGGUGCAUUGUUGGAUGACAGUCGUGAGUUCCGCAGCCUCUCAGCUGAUGGCAGCAGCUCAAACAGCAGCCAGGACUCCCUCCACAAGGCCAGCAAAAAGAAAAGCAUCAAGUCUUCCAUCGGCCGGCUCUUUGGGAAGAAGGACAAGGUCCGAAUGGGUCAGCCUGGACGCGAGUCAGCAUCUCUGGCCUCGACCCCCUCAGAUGACCUGGGCUCUGUGGAUCCCCUCGGACUCACUAAGAUGGCCGGUCCGGUGGACAAGGACCGUCGCAGCAAGAAGAAGCAUGAGCUGUUGGAGGAGGCAUGCCGACAGGGGCUACCCUUUGCAUCUUGGGAUGGACCCACUGUUGUCUCCUGGCUGGAACUGUGGGUGGGCAUGCCUGCAUGGUACGUGGCAGCCUGUCGUGCUAACGUGAAGAGUGGAGCCAUCAUGGCUAACCUGUCAGACACAGAGAUCCAGAGAGAGAUCGGCAUCAGUAACCCUCUGCACCGCCUCAAACUGAGACUGGCCAUUCAGGAGAUGGUGUCCCUGACCAGCCCCUCGGCCCCGGCCAGCACACGCUCUUCAACCAGUAACGUGUGGAUGACCCAUGCUGAGAUGGAGUCCCUGACCGCAGCGACCAAACCAGAGCUGAAAGAGAUUAGCUGGGAUCAGAUUCUGGCUUAUGGAGAUAUGAACCAUGAGUGGGUGGGCAAUGAUUGGCUGCCCAGUCUGGGUUUGCCCCAGUACAGAAGCUACUUCAUGGAGUCACUGGUGGACGCCCGCAUGUUGGACCAUCUGACCAAGAAAGAGCUGCGUGGGCAGCUGAAAAUGGUGGACAGUUUCCACAGGGUGAGCCUGCAUUAUGGCAUCAUGUGCCUGAAGCGCCUCAAUUAUGACCGCAAGGAGCUGGAGAGGAGGAGAGAUGAGAGCCAACACCAGAAUAAAGAUGUGAUGGUUUGGUCAAACGAGCGUGUGAUGUGCUGGGUGCAGUCCAUCGGCUUGAAGGAGUAUGCAGAUAAUCUGACUGAGAGCGGUGUGCACGGUGCCCUGCUCGCCCUGGACGACACCUUCGAUUACACUGACCUCGCCCUGCUCCUGCAGAUACCCAAUCAAAACACACAGGCACGGCAACUUCUAGAGAAGGAAUACAACUCUCUCAUUGCCAUGGGAACAGAGAGGAGGCCAGACGAGGACGGCACUAAGACGUUCACUCGCUCCCCUUCAUGGAGGAAGAUGUUCCGGGAGAAAGAUCUGAGGGGAGUGACCUCUGACUCCUCAGAAACCUUGCCUGCUAACUUCCGUGCCUCAGCCAUCUCUACCCCCUCAGUCACCCUGAGGAAGGUCCAGAGCGAUGCAUCUCCAAGGGCAGAGUCUGGCUCAGUGAGGACCUACUCCUGUUGAGGGACUGCAAAGGAGGCGCCGUUGUCAGAGAGCUGGAACCGGCUUUACAUUUCAUUCACGGGGAGGAGGGGGGGAUAAGCAGAAAAAAAGCAAUGAAUAUAUACAUUUAUAAAUAUAACUCUACUGGUCUGACCAUUCUGCAAUAACAGAAGAGGGAUGGAGAAAGAGAAAAAAAAAAGAGCAAAAAAAGGACAAAAGACAUGAAGAAUGUAUGACACAUGAGAGUGGUAAAAAAUGGGAUGGUUGGAGGAAAUCGGAUGACUGUUUAUUCUUUCUUUCUGUCGUUCUCUCUUCUCACUUCCUGUGUCUGUGCUGAUGGGACAUCUGUAGAUGAACUCUUGUCUUUCCAUCCUUCGUUUCGAUGGCGCUGUCCGCAGCCCUAGCUCCUCAGAAUGGCUUUCGUUGACUGCCUGCAAUCUCCGGUCUCUUGAGUCUCUCGAUAGCAAAGGAUUGUUUGUGGCAACCCAACCUGGACUUCAGGGAUGUUUACAUACGGUAAGGUUCAGAGGAAGUGUACUUAAGAGCACAGUCGAGGGGCCAGGCUGUGUGAGGCCAAGACUUCGCUGUACGUGUUUCUCAAUCAGCACAAGCUGAGAAAGACCGCGGUGAUGAGAGCUACACGCGAGGCUGCAAAGGGCACAAUUCUCGCUCAAUUACUACUAGGUGUUUUUUUUUUCAAUUUCGAACAUUUAGAUUAAAGACUGAAGGUCAGCAGAGAGAGAGAGAUAGAGUCAGCAAAUGAAGGGAAGCUGGUGGUGGCAGAUAGAUAGGAAAAUGCUUGCGGACAAAGCAAGUGACCAGCAGAAAUGAGUCCUGACGGACAGAAUCAUUCUAACAACGCAAGCCAUAAAAGACGACAAAAGGGUGAACCGAGGAGGACAAACGGGCGGGACGGGGUGGGACGGAGGGAGGGCGUCAGGGGAAAAAAAGCGAGAGAAAACGUUUAGCUUCUGUGUUGCGAUGCAUGUCAAACAACCAAGACGACAACGAACUAAAACUUUCGGGGAAUAAGACAAUAUGACGUUAAAAAUAAAAAUUAUGUGUACAUUAACAUAUGAGGUUAAGAGCUUGGGGAACAAUUUGUAAAAUGUGUGUAUUUUCAUUUUUAUUUUUUAUUUUUAUGAUAACUAUAUUUAUUUUCUUUAUGUAUGUAUUGAAUAACUGUAUGUACAUGUUCAUUUAAUAAUUCUGACUGUAAUUUAAUUUUAUCUAGUUUAAAGCGUAAAUAUGAAAUAUUCAAAACAUGGUCAUUAAAAUAUGCUACUUGUAUGUGUAAAUUUUGACAAAAUUGUGUUAUGAUUUAAAAACAAACCAUUACUGUUGAUGAGGAUGACAGUGAUUCAAAUUGAAAAUGAUGUCUGCAAAAUAAACAAUAAUGAUGAUAAUGAUGAUAAUGAUGAAAAUCUAAAUAAAAUAAAGUGUUCCUAAUGGUA